CGAUGUGCAUUUGAGGUGGUACAUUCCAAAUGACAGCUGGCUCCACGCUCGUACCACAGAAAGCCGCCUUUCAACCUAGAACUUCUUGUCUUUUCCGUCCUGUUCAAGCCUAAUUGGGAACUCUUAACCACCAACAUGUCUGCACCUAAGAAGGGAGACUUGUCUCCAAGCGAGAAGGAGUUGUUUGAGGUGAUCACUGCAGGAAACGUCCAAGAGGCUUCGAGGCUGCUGGGUUGCAAAGAUGUUCGAGUUAACUGCCUGGAUGAGAAUGGGAUGACCCCUCUCAUGCAUGCUGCUUACAAGGGAAAAGCCGACAUGUGCAAGCUGCUGCUGCAACACGGAGCGGACGUGAACUGCAACCAACACGAGCACGGAUACACAGCGCUGAUGUUCGCCGGCCUGUCAGGUAAGACCGACAUCACGUGGAUGAUGCUGGACGCCGGGGCGGAGACGGACGUGGUCAACUCCGUGGGACGGACCGCCGCACAGAUGGCCGCCUUCGUCGGGCAACACGACUGUGUGACGGUGAUCAACAACUUCUUCUCCCGGGCCCGACUGGAUUACUACACCAGGCCGCAGGGUUUGGAGAAGGAACCCAAACUGCCGCCCAAACUGGCCGGACCCCUCCACAAGGUCAUCAUGAGCACCAACCUGAACCCCGUCAAGAUGGUGAUGCUGGUCAAGGAGAACCCCCUGGUGGCCGAGGUGGAGGCCCUGGAUAAGUGCCGACGGGUGAUGGAGCUCAUCUGUGAGAAGUGCAUCAAGCAGCAGGACAUGAACGAGGUGCUGGCCAUGAAGAUGCACUACAUCAGCUGCGUGCUGGGGAAGUGCGCGUCCUUCCUCAGGGAGCGCGAGGACAAGCUGGACGGCCUCAUUAAAAGCUUGCUGAAGGGUCGGGACAAAGACGGCUUCCCUGUGUACCAAGAGAAGUUUCUCCGCGAGUGCAUCCGCAAGUUCCCUUACUGCGACGCCACCCUGCUGCAGCAGCUGGUGCGGAGCAUCGCCCCCGUGGAGAUCGGUAACGACCCCACGGCGCUGUCGGUGCUGACGCAGGCCAUCACCGGCCAGGUGGGCUUCAUGGACGCAGAGUUCUGCACCUCGUGUGGCGAGAAGGGAGCAGAGAAGAGAUGCUCCGUUUGCAAGAUGGUGAUCUACUGCAACCAGGCCUGUCAGAAGAUGCACUGGUUCGCCCACAAGAAGGUUUGCAAGACGCUGCAGGAGCAGAGAGAGGAGCAGGAGGCCGAGUCGGCCCAGAUGAGGCUGCAGCAGAGCAAAGAGGAGAGCGACGCCGCGCAGACGGCCACGGACUCCAUGCGGGCGCUGUCGGUGGAGACCGGCGGUGAAGCCCCCACCACGCAAACCUCAAACCCCGCCCCCACCCAAGCCACCGAAAACUGAGCAUAGAGGAGGGACCCAUAUUUAUUACGCGACUGUCUCGGAGGCCGGGAGACGCUGAGGAGGAAGCUUCAGUGGCCAUCUUUUCUUUCUUUUUUUUAUUAUAUAUAUAUAUAUAUAUAUAUAAUGUGUGUGUAUAUGUAUGUGAAAGUUGACGUGUUUGUGAUUAGAGGGUUGUGGGAGGUGGGUCAUGUGACAAGCUGAUGGUUCACACCCCUGAUGGAAUGUGAUUUUUGCCUUAAACUGUAAGAGACCUGUGCAGCCAAUCAGAGCAGUGCUUUCUUUACCUACUUGAUUUGUUAUUGGGAUUUUUUUUUUUUUUUUUUGUACCAAUAAUUUCAUAGCAGAUUGUGAGCAGAUGGCUGGGCCGCACAAUAUUGACCAAACUUGUAUAUUUUUUAAAUAUAAACAAAAUAAACAUUGAAUUACU